AUCAGGCACAGAUGAAGAAGAUGAAGGAGAUGACAUGUUGCUUCUACACCGGAAGGAGUUCUGGUGGUUUCCCCACAUGUGGAGUCACAUGCAACCUCACUUAUUCCAUAAUGUCACUGUCCUUGCAGAGCAAAUGAAACUCAACAAGCAGUUUGCCCAAGAGCAUGGUAUCCCUAUAGAUUUAGGCUAUGCUGUGGCACCUCAUCACUCAGGCGUGUAUCCAAUCCACAGCCAACUCUAUGAAGCCUGGAAAUCCAUAUGGAACAUCCAGGUAACCAGUACAGAAGAAUAUCCACACUUAAGGCCAGCCCGUUUCCGGAGAGGUUUCAUACACAACAAUAUUAUGGUUUUACCACGACAAACUUGUGGGCUUUUCACUCACACCAUAUUCUACAAUGAAUACCCUGGUGGCUCAAAAGAACUUGACAAAUCCAUCCGUGGUGGUGAACUUUUCCUGACUGUUCUACUCAACCCAAUCAGCAUCUUCAUGACACAUCUCUCAAACUACGGCAACGACCGCCUGGGGCUGUACACCUUUGAGAGCUUAGUGAAGUUUGUGCAGUGCUGGACCAACCUCCGGCUGCAAACGCUCCCACCUGUCCAGCUGGCAAAGAAAUACUUUGAAAUCUUCCCUGAGGAGAAGAACCCUCUGUGGCAGAAUCCAUGUGAUGACAAGAGGCACAAGGAUAUCUGGUCCAAAGAGAAGACCUGCGACAGGUUGCCUAAGUUUCUUGUUGUUGGACCCCAAAAGACUGGAACGACUGCACUAUACAGCUUUCUUGGCAUGCACCCUGCUGUCACUAGCAACUUUCCAAGCCCAGUCACUUUUGAAGAGAUCCAGUUUUUUAACGGGAUAAACUACCACCAAGGCAUUGACUGGUAUAUGGACUUUUUCCCUAUGCCAUCGAAUGCCAGCACAGAUUUCAUGUUUGAAAAGAGCGCUAACUACUUCGACUCCGAAAUGGUACCAAAACGAGCUGCUGCUCUUCUGCCCAGGGCCAAAGUUAUUGCUCUUCUGAUCAGUCCGGCAGACCGAGCUUACUCCUGGUAUCAGCACCAGCGAGCACACAAUGAUCCAGUAGCACUGAACUACACGUUUGCUCAGGUGGUAUCUGCAGGGCCACAUGCACCACUAGAAUUGCGAAACUUGCAGAACCGCUGCCUGAUCCCUGGAUGGUACUCUGUGCAUUUGGAGAGAUGGCUCACCUACUUUCCAGCCAACCAGGUUCAUAUUGUGGAUGGCCAGGAGCUGCGGAGUAUCCCAGCCACUGCUAUGGACAGUAUCCAGAAAUUCCUGGGAGUGACCCCACAUUUAAACUACACCCAGGCCCUUAAGUUUGAUGAAGCAAAAGGAUUUUGGUGCCAGUUGGCUGAAAACGGAAAGACAAAAUGCCUUGGCAAGAGCAAAGGCCGAAAAUACCCAGAAAUGGAGCCAUCGUCUCGUAGUUUCCUCACAGACCUCUUUCGGUAAAACAACAUUGAACUUUCCAAGCUGUUGAACCGAUUGGGUCACCCUCUGCCAACAUGGCUACGAGAGGAGCUGCAGAAUUCCAACAGGAGUUGAAGAUGAAGGCCCUUUGGCAACCUCACACGGAAAAUGGCGGCAGCAGCAAGAAGCAAACAAAGCUUGGGAAGAUUUCUCCGCUGCAUUGGCUGCUCUUUGCUCCAGUUAUGGAAAUAAACAAGACCAUGAAUGGCGACAUUGCUUGCGGGUGCCACUAACUGUGUUCUCAUUGCUGUGGUACGUGGACCUCUAGUGUGACAGCGACCACCAUUGCCUGCUAUUUGCUAUUACAAGUCAACUGGGACGCUGGAGGUGGUUGGGUGGAAUGUGACUCAUUGUACUAAAGUGUUACGAAACCUCGGGCCUCCAAAGAGCCAAGAGUAAUGGAAUUGCACAAACAGCUUCACCCUAACAAGGAACUUAGGGCAUUGAUUCCUCCUCCUGAGUUUGGGGGGGGGGGCGAUGGUACAAAUUGUUCUUCAUAGUAUUGUCAGCUGAACGUAGCCGAGGAGACACAAUUUAUCCUUUAGAGCAGCUCCUCCAGCUACACAUUUACAGUUUAAAGAUGUGGAAAAGAGCUUAUAAGUCCAUUUCACACUGGGACCUUUCUACCCUUUCCUUGAUACAUUUUAAACGCACACUAAGGGGCAG